AUGGCUGAUGGUGAGAAGGUGACCUAUACUUUCUUGGAGGUCUUCAUUGCUGUAGGAUGUUGCCUGGGCAACCUGCUGGUGAUCUGGGCAAUCUGGUCCAGCCGAGCCCUCCAUCAGACCACAUUCUGCUUUGUCAUGUCGCUGGCAGUGGCCGAUUUUCUGGUGGGGGCUCUGGCCGUGCCUCUCGCCGUGGUAGUAGAUGGACAUUUGCAGACUACUUUCCACAGCUGCCUCUUCAUCAGCUGCAUGGUCAUCGUGUUGACCCAGGCCUCUGUAAACUCCCUGCUGGCCAUAGCAGUGGACCGAUACCUGCGUGUCUAUAACCCUCUCAGGUUUAGAGGAGCGGGCAAAAAGCAACACUUGUGGGCAGCGGUCAUAGUUUGUUGGCUCACCGCUUCCAUACUGGGUCUUAUCCCAAUGUUUGGAUGGCACAAUGAUGACCCGACAACAAAUGUCAACUCCACCAUUACGUGCAAAUUCCCUACCGUUAUAUCCAUGUCCUACAUGGUCAACUUCAACUUUUUCAUCUGUAUACUUCCACCCACCGCCAUCAUGUUGGCCCUCUACACUUUUAUCUUUUAUACAAUAUCUAAACAACUUAGAAAAGGAGUCGGACAAGUCGCGGCGUCCAGAUCGUUUUAUCGUAAAGAGCAGAGACUGGCCAAUUCACUAGCGUUGGUCCUGGUUCUGUUUGUCGUGUGCUGGCUCCCGCUUCACAUCAUGAAUACCUUGAAUUACUACAUUACAAGUCUACCCUCUGUUGCCUUUCACAUAGGGGUCCUCCUCUCUCAUGCCAACUCUGCAGUUAACCCUAUAGUGUACGCUUUCAAGAUCCCAAAGAUUAAGGUGGCAUAUAAAUCCAUCUUGAUGAAGUUAACAUGCUCAGAACAGCCGGCAGAUCAGAGCAGCCAGAUUUUGGAUAUUAACGGCAGCAGCAACUCAAACAGCAUGAUCAGGUGCACUAUGAAAAAAAGUCAGACUCCACAGGUUGUUUCAACCUUAAGUUAAAAAGAUUAGCAUGGGCUACUGUAUACAUCAAACAAAAUAUUUGCUAACCUUAUUAUGAACUGUUGAUACACUACCAGUCAAAAGUUGGGACACACUUUUCUGAAAUUAUAGGCCUGUUUACACUAAAGACCGAAGUAUACUUCAGUUGUCCAUGUUGCUGAUCAUAUAUGUAAAGCAAAUUUUCAUCAUCAGCACAGUCUGUGCGGACAGUCCGUGUGCAGUCUAGUUGUUCAAGUCCUCAUCUCUGCACAUCGUUGGCGCAUGCUCCUGCCGUUGACUGUACUAAAAGAGUAUUACAAAGCAGUCGUAGUGCGCAUGCAUCAAACGCGUUCGUUUUUGCUCGCGGUUAAAUGAGUAUACUUAGAGAGGCAAUGUGGUCGACCAGGUGUGAUCCGAUCCGGAACGCAGAAAAUCGAAGUAGCCUAUUCCUGGGCCUUAAAGGUUCAGGUAUACUUAAUUUUUCCAUGAGCCUUUCCAUCUCACACACAGUUGAACCCUCAAGGCAAAAGUAUACUUCGUUUGUCCACGUUGGUAAUCGCUCAACGCACAGUAUGUGUGACGCAAAUUUCGUCAUCAGCACAGUCUGUACGGACUCCACGUGCUUCACAGAUUUUCUCGACACACAGACGUCCUCGUCUGCAUGCGCCUGCCGUUAACUGAACCAAAAGAGAAUCACAAUGCAGUCAUAGUGUGCAUACGUGGUCAGAAGAGUAUACUUUCAGAGGCAGCAUGGUCGACCAGGCGCAAUACGAUCUGGAACGCACAACAAGAAAGUAUGCCCUGACCUUCAGCUUUUCAAAGUUUACUCUUUUGACCAUGAGCGCAUACGGAUGCGUUUGAUGCAUGCACACUGUGACUGCUUUGUGAUACUCAUUUAGUACAGCCAACAGCAGGUGCACGUGCCGCUGGCGUUAACAGACGAGGAUUAGCAAAACUGGGGCUGCGUUCCACUUCACUUUAAACAUCCACUCACCUAACUCCCCUAAGCACUUCCCCUCUGGGGAAUCCCCACUGCCAUUUUGGAAGUCUGUUCCACUUUGUUAAGUGAGUGAGGGAAGUUUCUGCUGACAGACCCUCAACUUCUCGAUUUUGACCGAGGGAGCGAGCCUACUCAGAUGUAUGUGUUAGGCAGCUCCAUAUCACACAGUACAACUCAAUUGUGACGUAACAGCAGAUCAUGCUUCACCUACCCAGUUAUAUUGAGAUUUAACCGUGUAAUACUGACACAGUCAUGGCCUAUGUGUUCACUGCAGUGUUAUCAUUUUCAUUUGUGUAAAACUUGAUUAAUCCUUUCUAACAAUUAGUUCUAAUAAAAAGUUAAUUUAUACAUGACACAUUUUUUACAUAAGCCUUUGAAAUCACAUCUAAACUUUACUGCAUCAAUCUCUGAUUUGAAGACAUUGUCUUCUCAGGUGCAAAAAUCAGCAAAUAAUUCCUCAAAAUGACAACAGUCCUAUUGCAAGAGUGAUAACGAGCUCCAAGUGAUCAAGGGCUUAGGCAGUUCUGUUUCAACCCACUGCACAGGUUUCGCCAGUAGUGAGCACUCAUGCAAUGCAAGCAAUGAUGUACAUGUGAGUCCACGAGACGGAGCCAGAUGGAAGUUAGCGAGAGGAGGGGGUAAAAAUUUGAAGAGGAACGCAUCCUGGGAAGCAUGCGGACUGUGCUGAUGACGAAAUUUGUGUGCGGGACGUACCGGCACGUGAAAAAACAUAUAUGGUUAAACCAGGUAUACUUUGGACUUUAAGGCCCAGGUAUACUUAAUUUUUGAGUGUUCCAGAUCGCCUUGCAUCUGGUCGACCACGUUGCCUUUGUGAGUAUACUUUUCUGACCGUGAACUAAAAGGAACGCAUUCGACACAUGCAAAAUACAACUGCUUUGUGACACACUUUUAAUACAGUCAAUGGCCAACGCAUGCGCAAACGACGCGUACACCCGAGGACUGCGUCCACGAGUCAAGAAAAUCUAGGCGGCGGCCGCGGUCAAGCCGCGUGGCUGUGCUGAUGACGCAAUUUGCAUCACACAUACUGUGUGUGGAGCAUUCUGCAAUGCGCACACCCGAACAGGGACGGAUUAACCACCAGGCCGUAUGGGCCAUUGCCCACGAGCCUCUAAACCCAAAGGGCCCCGAGCUCUAAAUUAAUUAUUUAUUUAUUUUGAGGUAUCUAUUACAAAUCCACGUAAAUAUCAGCCUUAUGUGAAAUACCAUUUGUUCGGCUGAAUGUGUGCUAGACGACAGCAGUGCGAGCACAGGCACUCGAGUGCGUGCUCAGGGAAUCCAUGUCUCACAGGUGCAGUACAUUUAUUUGAAGGACUACAGAGAACAGUGUCUGAUUUACAAAACACUUCUAAACACAAAGAUACGGUGCAGUUUACCCUGGCUGUGUACAAAGCUGAUGGUUUAAAUUCAUAGCGACAGAAUUUGUGCUACAGUAUAGAGGACUUUAAAAUGUUUAAGUCCUGCUGCAUGCGUUUAAUGUUUAAUGAUAAAGAGAAAGGUGCCUUAAUAUCCUUAAUAUGUGCACGGUAACCUUUUGUAAUAUUUGGUUAACCACGAGAGUUCACGAAAGGUUAUUGUUUUAUUUGUCGGAUGUCAGGACUCGGGCAUAAAGAACGUUUAUUGCCAUGGAUGCGUCAAACACAAACUCAGAUUAGCAGGGAAUAAAGUGCACAGUGAGCUGUAAACUUAAAUAGCACAAUACGUAAAUCUUCAAAUGAUAAAAUCCCAUUAAAGUCGAACAAAAAUAAUCUCUGUCUGCAACAUAGUAGGCCUAUUCUUAAUAAAUGGAAAAUGUGUAAUUCUGCCCGGGCAGGUUCACUUUCCAUGUGGCAGUGAAUGCUACGGUUUAUAAACCUCUUCGGGAUGCUUUGAUUUUAAGUGAUUCAGCAUUUAAUUUGUGUAAUUAUUGUCUGCACACCAGAGCAAAAGAGGGGAAAAACACUCACCGUUUAUCAAGUGCUGAAACUUUGUCAGGUGAAUCUGGAAUCAUGUAUAACAGUCACAUUAAGUCCUCUUUGCAACCUGAACUUCAUCAGAAUGUUGAUUUGUGACACCAGCACUGAUAAAGACUGAUGAAGCGCAAACAAAUGGUGAAACAGAACACAGCUGUCUCGAGAUGUGUUAAUAAAUAAAGAAAUUAAUUUUAAGUUAACAGUGUCUAAAAAAAUGCAAUGGUCCUGCACAACGAAUUGUAAAACAGAACGCAGGUGUCUUGAGAUGCAUUUAUAAAUAUUAAAGUUCUUUUAAAUUUAACACAAUCUCUAAAAAUAUGCAACGGUCCUGCACGGUACACACAACGAUAAAAAACAUCGACACAUGUGUGAACCGCCCGUAACUCGCCCUAUAGCCUACUUGAAAAACUGAUCCGAACCUGGCCCAAAACCUGUAGGUUUGUCGGGUUCCGUCGGAUUCAGAUUGGUUUGAAGACCUCUGAAUAGUGAAUAGUGAUUUAGUAUUUGAAUAUCAUGCACAUCCCUAUUAAUAACGCAUGAUUUUGGAUCGGUUCAUAAUUAAAAAGUACAUAUUAUUGGCCGUGUAAGACAUUGCUCCAAACUUUUCUUCCUUCAGUUUGAAAAAUCCAACCAAAUCUGGCAAGCGUCCUGUAGCGCAUAAAGGUGAACAUAGUCACGUGACACGUCAUGGGGGGCCUUCAUGGUGUACCAGCCCAUGGGCCUCUCAGUUCUUAAUCCGUCCUUGCACCCGAAGUAUUCGUUGGCCUUUAGUCUCUUCAUGCAUUUUAACUGAUUGGACUGUUAUCCGAUUGGGGAUGUACAUUCCACGGCUAUAGGCUACUUUACAUCCAGUCUAUUUCCACGCUAUAUGCAAAUAUAACAGAGUAUACUUGAUGAUGCUAGAUGAUUGAAAUUAGUUUUGUAGACACAUUUAAAAGGUGCCUAUGUAUAAAAAAAACUUAAAUAAUUGGAGUGGAUAAUGAAGGAAAAGCAUUGUCCAAGAUACACUGGAACUCCUUCACUAUUUAAGAAAGUUGAUCAAUGCUGGAAUCUAGACAAACAAGCUCAAAUAUAAGCUUGUUUUGGGGGUUUUUAGUAGUCAUGAUGACAUUAGUGCUACUCUAAAAUGUGGAAAAUAGUAAUAAUAAAGAAUGAAUAGGUGCGCCAAACUUGUGACUGGUAGUGUACAUUUUUGGCACUGGUCUAUUACCAUUCCUGCUUGUCCAAUUAACAGAACUGUGUCAGUUCCAAAAAUAUACUGACCGUCUUGACAAUGGAUAAUGCAAAUGUUCUGUCCUAUGAAAUUUUUGUGAAUAUUAUGUAAAAUAAAUAUUUCAUUUUAGCAAUUGUAUGUACAUCUCAUUUGCUAUCUUUAAAGUGCAUUAUAUCAGCAUGAAAUUGUACGUCGGCUUCAAUAGAUAUUGGCCUCGAUCAUUGAAUAAAACCAUGUCGGCCGACUUCUAUUGUGCCCCUUUUACAAAAAUAUUUAAAAAAA